UCACAGCGUCCCACCGCACCCACUGCAACUCGCACGUCCUCGUACUCUGUCUACACGUACAGCAGCACUACGGCGCACAUGACCCUGUCACGACUCACGACUAUAUAAAAAACACGGGGUGAAUUGACGGUCUCGAGAUCGACCCAUGACGGCGGCGGCCUUCCCCGACCGAUCCAGCGGCAUGAUGAUGGCGAUGUCGACGAGCCGGAUCCACCCGUCGUCGGCCGCGGAGACGGCGACGACGACGCAGCCACUGCCGCCGCCGCCGCUUCCGCUUCCGCUUCCUCCUCUUCCUCCCCGCCGCGCCGGCGGCCGGGCGCUGCACCACACGGUGUGGAAGCGGUCCAGCAUGGGGUUCCCCGGCACCGACGGCUUCUCCGUCUACGACGCCGCCGGCGCGCUCGCCUUCCGCGUCGACAACUACUCGCGCCGCCGGAAGGUGUUCGCCGGCGAGCUCCUCCUCAUGGACGGCCAGGGCGCGCCCCUCCUCGCCCUCAGGCCGCAGAUUUUCAGCAUGCACGACCAAUGGAACUGCUACGCAGCAACAGCAUCAGAAGAAGGGGAGGGCAAGAGGACAAGGCCACGCAGACGGCUCUUCUCCAUGAGGAAAUGCUCGCUGCUACAGAAGGGCCACGAAGCGCAAGUGUCCAUGUCAGGACCGUGCGGCAGCGGCUGCGGCAGCUUCUGGGUCGAGGGCUGCUUCGCGAGGAGAAGCUGCAAGAUCCGCAGCGGCGGCGGCGAGGAGGUGGCCAGGAUCACGAGGAAGAAUGCCGGGGCCGCGACGGCGCUGCUGGGCGACGACGUGUUCAGCCUCGUGGUCCAGCCGGGCGCGGACUGCGCCUUGGUCAUGGCGUUCGUCGUUGUCCUCGACCGGAUCUGCUGGCAGCCGUACACGCCCAGGAUCUGCUCCUAGCCCCGGCCGCCCUAGCUUGAUGAGCGCAUGUUUUUGUCCGUGAGAACGAAGCCAUGCGUGCAGUGCAUGCGGGAUGAUCUAUCAUGAGAUCACUGAAGCGAGAAGAGAGAGCACGGUGAUUUCGCGAAGAAAACUUGUCAAAUUGGUUAGGAUGACCCUAAUAUAACCUGCCAAAUUUCUCUGGAUAUAACUUGGAGGUAGCAGAAAUGAUAUUUCUAGUCUUUUUUCUUUUUCUUUUUCUUUUUCAUUUUUUUGAAAAAACAAAAGCAAACGGAUAUAGAUAUGCUACUGGUAUGUACACUUUGCUGGAAGCAGCAGCAUUGGAGAUGCAAAAGUGAAAAAGUGACAGAUGCUUGUCGAACCAUACGGAAGGAAAUUUGGGUUAAAAAGUUAUAUCGUGUUUGGUUUGAGGA